AUGUUGUCCAAUCCACUACACCGGUACCCUCCUUAUACCAACACAUCCGCCUCAACUAUCCACAGCCCUUAUGGGCAAAACGAUCAGUUUGGCUCCUUUAGCCACGGAUCACACUACGGUGUAAAUCAGCUUGAACAUCAUGCCAUCACACCCACCGAGCGAAACCAUCGGGGUCGACAGGAAAGGUUUCAGGAGCUUCAGGACCUGUUCGAAGGAGAAUCAGCCGAGCUUGUGAUCAGUGUAAUCAACUACGAACAAAAUGCGAUGGAAAACAUCCUUGUGCGCACUGUAUUGGUAGGUCUUGUCUACUUCAGCGUCAGCCAAUUUGGUCUUGGAUGCGAAUAUAUGCGGGAGAAAAAGAAGCGUGGUAAAGCGUCAAGAAAAGACUUAGCCGAGAGAGCAGCGGCACAAGCCGCUGCCGGCUCUGCGAAUCAAAAUGGUGAUGUGUCCGACGGGAAGGAAUCCAGCAACUCUCCUGCCACGGAUGAGAAAGCUGAUGGCUUUGUGGAAAACACCAGAAGCAACUCCAUGUCAAGCAGCGGUCUAGCUACAGUCCAUGACAAUCACCUUGGGGGGGAUAUUGGCAUCGGUCCAGAAUUUCGUCAUGAACAAUCAGCACCCACCCCGGGGCAGUUUAGCGAGUUCUCUGGCCAGUCUCACAUGCUGCCACCGAUUCAAAUUGAUCAGGAAACUAUUAAUGAUAGCCGUUCAAUGAGCAUCAGCAGUUUUGGAGGGCUUUCGACUAGCUACGACCGGCAAAGUCUUAGCAGCGAUGACCUUAUGGGCGGCGGCCAGGUAUACGGCCAUCCGCACCAGAACAAUAUGCAGGGCUCGUCUAUUUAUGCCGAUUCAAAUGCGGGCCAAACCGCUGCAGCCGUUUCUCUCGGUGGCCUUGGCGUGGCGUCACCAGGUUCAAUAGGCGUAAACGCUGAACUUAACGGUGAUUCUGGCUCCUUUGGAUCUUCCGGCCACAUAGACGAUGUUGUGACUUAUAUCCACCUGGCGACAGUGGUGUCUGCUAGUGAAUAUAAAGGAGCCAGUCUGCGCUGGUGGAACGUGGCCUGGUCCAUGGCCCGAGAGUUGAAGCUAGGCCGUGAGUUGCCACCGAGCGAACCGCGACCCAGCUUCGAACAAAGCAAAAUGGAAACGAAUGGGCUGAAUGAGCACGAUAUCCUCCGAAAUAGCCCCGACUUGAUUACGGAAGAAGAGAGGGAGGAGAGACGACGCAUUUGGUGGCUCGUGUAUACCGUGGACCGGCACCUGGCUCUUUGUUAUAACCGGCCUUUGUUCUUGCUGGACGUAGAAUGUGAGGGUCUUCGACAACCACUGGACGAUGCAGCCUGGCAGACUGGAGACUUCAAGAACUAUCCGGCCGACUCCAACAUGCUAGGGAUCCUCCCUGAGAACGUAGAAACUCUUCGUGGGCCGCAGUUUCGGUGCAGGGGAUAUAGCAUUUUUGGCUACUUUCUUCCGUUGAUGACUAUUCUCGGAGAGAUUGUUGACUUGCACCAUGCACGAAAUCACCCACGAUUCGGUCCCGCGUUUAGAGCCUCACGCGAAUGGAUCAACCAGGUUUCCGAAGUGAAACGGCACCUCGGAGCCUACGAAGAGAGUCUCAACAUAUUCAAGCAGAGGGCUCUCGAAUUAAACAGCAGCCCGUCUGCCCAGUCGGUGCAUACCACAGCUUCGAGCCACGUGAAUAAAGCAGAAGUCCAGACAAGAACCGUACUUGCAUAUGCCACGCACGUUAUGCAUGUUUUGCAUAUUCUACUGGAAGGGAAAUGGGAUCCCAUCAAUCUCUUGGACGAUGACGACCUGUGGAUUUCAUCCCCAGACUUUGUGACUGCUUCCGCACACGCUGUAGCCGCAGCAGAGGCGAUCAACCAGAUUCUUGAGUACGACCCAGGACUGGAAUUCAUGCCAUUCUUUUUCGGCGUUUAUCUCCUCCAAGGCUCUUAUUUGCUGCUGCUUAUAGCGGAUAAGUUGCAAGUCGAGGCUUCGCCAAACGUAGUGCGGGCCUGCGAGACCAUCGUACGGGCACACGAAGCGUGUGUCGUAACGUUGAGCACAGAAUACCAGCGCAAAUUCAGUGGAGUGAUGCGAGGUGCCCUAGCAUUAGUUCGAGGACGCGUCCCUGAAGACCUAGGCGAACAACUACAGCGACGACGAGAACUACUAGGGCUGUACCGCUGGACGGGAGAUGGUACCGGCUUGGCACUAUAA